AUGGCUCCUAUUCCCUUCAUCGGCCGCCUGCAUGUGUCCGAGUACCUGGCUCUCGGCGCUUCCUUCGUCCUGCUGGGUCUCGAGGUCUUCGUCCGGACAAUCACGCUUCUACUCCCGACGCCUAUAAUCCGCUUCUUGUACCGCCUGAGCCGCAAUGCCUUCAAUAGCCUGUCUUCGCCCUACUCGCGCCGAGCCCGCAAUCGCAAGAAGGCUGUUUCGAGCCCGAUAGCUCAAGCCCAUGACUUCACGGAGCUGUGUGAGCUAUAUGGAUACUAUGCCGAAGAACAUGUCGUGCAGACGAAAGACGGGUUUCUGUUGGGAGUGCACCGUCUGGCGUGGAAGAGGGGUGAAGAAGACCAGCGUGUCAACUCUGGACCCGGCAGCAUUCAGAAGAAGGUUUGCUAUCUACACCAUGGCUUGAUGAUGAACAGCGAGGUUUGGGUCUGCAUUACGGAACGGGAACGAUGUCUGCCUUUCCUUUUGGUCGAGCAAGGAUACGACGUCUGGCUUGGCAACAACCGCGGCAACAAAUACAGCAAGAAGAGCAUGCACUACGCUCCUACAGAGCUUCCUUUCUGGAACUUCAGCAUGGACCAGUUCGCAUUCCAUGAUAUCCCCGACAGUAUCAACUACAUCCUCAGCACCACGCAUCAGCCCAGUCUUUCGUAUAUUGGAUUCAGUCAAGGCACCGCUCAAGCCUUCGCCACGCUGUCGAUCCACCCGACCCUCAACUCCAAAGUCGACGUCUUUGUUGCUCUUGCGCCAGCCAUGGCUCCUCCUGGACUUGCGUCUGGUAUUGUCAGUUCUUUGGUCAAGUCCAAUCCGGAGGUUCUGUUCCUGCUCUUCGGACGUCGCGCAAUCCUUGGCUCAACCACCAUGUGGCAGGCUCUCUUGUACCCGGGAAUCUUCAGCUUCGUCAUCGACAAGAGUUUGUCAUUCCUCUUUGGUUGGAGAAUGCUCAACAUUGCACCUCAUCAGAAGCUGGCCGCUUACCCUCACUUGUUCUCAUUCACCAGCACCAAGAGUGUCGUCCACUGGUUUCAGAUCAUUCGCAAUGGCAAGUUCCAGAUGUUUGACGACGAGGUCUCCAGUCCGGCAAAUUUCAGCUCUGGCAGCAAGUACUACAAGGUCGCCAAAUUUCCAACCCGCAAUAUCAAAACACCAAUUGUGCUUGUGUACGGAGGCAGCGACUCCCUUGUCGACAUCAACGUCAUGUUGAAGGAGCUGCCAAAGCAUACAGUCGCUAAGUGUGUACCAAAGUACGAACAUUUGGACCUGCUUUGGGCCCACGACGUCGAUAGGCUCGUCUUCCCGCAUGUUCUACAGGCUUUGGAGAACUUCGCCCAACCAUCCGAAACAAAGGAACAGGCGCUUGGUUGGAGCACCAAUAUGCAUUCUCGUCCAAGCAUCUUCGAUGGCACCAGCAUGUUGACACCUAAUGGAUCUCAGCCACCUGGGUACUCGGAAGAUGAAAGUGCUCGCAGAUACACAGCAAGCGGCAUGCCCCAGACACCAGCAUUCGAGUACGAACGUCCAUCGACCGCUGAAGAGCAACUGGACGAGUCCGACGAAGACGAUUACGCCGACGACAGUUUAGACCGAUCAGAAGAACUAGCAUUCACGCCCUCCUCUUUCGCCCACUCAUCUCGACCUCCAGUCUCGAACGCGGUAGCCGCUGGUGUCCGUCUACCCGAGAGUGCUGUACGUUCUGCGUCGCGAUCGUCCGAAGCCACGUUAACCUUACAUCAACCCGAACGCGACAUGUCUCGACUCGAAGCAUCGAUUCGCCCGUUCAGCCUGCGUCGAUGCAAGUUCCCGUCGAUUCGCCUAUUGCAAGCACGAGCACGGCUACGGAUCAGACGGUCGUGA